CUGAAUGGAGGAGGAGGAGCCGAGAGGAGGAGAGUGGAAGAAAAGGAGAGGAAGAGAGAGGGGAAGAGAGAGGAGAAGAGAGAGGAGAAGAGAGAGGAGAAGAGAGAGGAGAAGAGAGAGGAGAAGAGAGAGGAGAAGAGAGAGGAGAAGUGAGAGGAGAAGAGAGAGGAGAAGAGAGAGGAUAAGAGAGAGGAGAAGAGAGAGGAGAAGAGAGAGGAGAAGAGAGAGGAGAAGAGAGAGGAGAAGAGAGAGGAGAAGAGAGAGGAGAAGAGAGAGGAGAAGAGAGAGGAGAAGAGAGAGGAGAAGAGAGAGGAGAAGAGAGAGGAGAAGAGAGAGGAGAAGAGAGAGGAGAAGAGAGAGGAGAAGAGAGAGGAGAAGAGAGAGGAGAAGAGAGAGGAGAAGAGAGAGGAGAAGGGAGAGGAGAAGAGAGAGGAGAAGAGAGAGGAGAAGAGAGAGGAGAAGAGAGAGGAGAAGAGAGAGGAGAAGAGAGAAGGGGAAGAGAGAGGAGAAGAGAGAGGAGAAGAGAGAGGAGAAGAGAGAGGAGAAGAGAGAGGAGAAGAGAGAAGGGGAAGAGAGAGGAGAAGAGAGAGGGGAAGAGAGGAGGAAAGAUGAGGGAAGGAGUGGAAGAGAGGAAGAGAAUAGAGAGGAAAAUAGGAUAUGCGCACAUCCUCUGCUCAUCCGCACAUCCUCUGCUCAUCCGCACAGCGCCCAUCCCCUACCCCCCCUCCCCCUCCUCUAUACUCUCUCCUUCCCCUUCAGCUCCUCCCACGGCGUCUCCAGCAACUCGCCACCUGCCUCUGCCCCCCCUGCUGCUCCCCCUGCUGCUCCCCCUGCUGCUCCCUGAGCCACUUGUGCAGUCUGGUGC